CAGUAAUCUCAAACAGUAGGAAUAAACAAUAAGGGCUACACCCAGCACCAGAAGAAACAGUAGCUGAACAAUAAGGUUGUUGCCCACCGGUCUCUGCCUGAAGCUUCCAUUCAACCCCUCUGACUUCAACCCUAUUGUCUGCAGUCAACGACCUUGCUGUCUGCAGUCAACGACCUUGCUGUCUGCAGUCAACAACCUUGAGAUAGUAACCUUAUUCCGAGCAAUAGGAUAUAAGGGAGACUGACGUCUCCCAUCGUCAAGGGACCAACUUCCCUUCUGACACUCAUCCCAUCUCAAUAAAUUUCAUCUGAAUAACUUGUCACCAUGUCGACUGCCAUCAAUCGCAAGGCCCUUGUUACAUAUAUCCCUGCGCAUCAGGGAUACGAAUCUGGAUUCCGGCACAGCACAGGAUUCCAUUGGAAUCUUCGAGACGAAAGGGAAAGACGCAAGCUGGAUAACCAUCUAAAAUUCCUUAGAGAAAGGAACCUCCUAGACCUCUCACCACACCACCCAGAACGCCUGGAUAGAAACCAAAGGAUUGCGUUAGCCAUUUUCGGAUGCGGUCUGUUUCUUGACGAUAGGAACAGAGCCAAUCCGCAGGGAAGUCAGGCCACCGGCAUCGACAUUACAUUCAUCCGGAUAGAAAUGGGCGCAUUGUAUGACCUGGCCGAUGAUAUCGAAAACACCGACGACGACAGGGGCCAAAAGUUCCUCGCAGAAAUUGGCCGUGAAAAAUACAACCCCUGGUUCCAGGAGUUAUUGUGCUGCGUCGGGCUGGUACGGAUGCUAGCCACCUAGGGUGCUGGCUGGAUCUCGGGGCGUUCUAGCUUCCUUAGUAUCAGAAAGUUAUCAAUCUGCUUUUGUUACUGGAGACAUACUCACAGGUCGGGUCGUGGGAGUUU